AUGAAUUCGAUCACCAAAGCACGAUUAUUAAAUGAAUUGAAUGAGAAGGAACUUCAGACUGGAGCAGCAAAUACGAAUAAGAGUUGGCAUAAUGUCUAUCGCGAAAGUGCUUGGAUCUAUGUUGGUGGAUUAGAUUUUCAACUAACUGAAGGAGAUGUUCUCUGUGUUUUUUCUCAAUGGGGUGAAAUUGUCAAUAUGAAUUUACUACGUGACAAAAAAACUGCUGUUGAUAAUUUUAAUGGAAUUAAAUUAGCAGGCCGUCAAAUACGUGUCGAUCAUGUCAAGAAUUAUAAACCACCAAAAGAACACGAAAAUGAUGAUGAUCUUAUUCGAACAUUGAAAGAGUUAGGGUGUGCACCGGGUGUCGAUUUACCACCGCCUUCGUCUUCGUCGUCGUCGUCGUCGUCCAGGCGAAAAGAUGAGAAACAUUCAUUCUAUGUUAAACAAGAACCUAAAAGAUUUAAAAAAUGA